UUCAAAUAACCUAAGAAAUCCACCAUUUCCGGAUUGCGAGACAUUUUUGGGACGACCUGUGUACACUGUUUCGAGUGCGUGUGAAAGGCUACUACAGUAAAUUCUCUCAGUGUCGAUUGUCAACUUUGGACUUGUCAAGUUUGGAACUUCUUGCCUAGUACUGCUAUGGAGUCUCGUGGCUAGAGUCAUAUAUACCAGGAUUCUGCACGAAACCGAUUCGGAUCUCUUGAUCUUUCGUAAACAUUUUAUUUAAUUGUGUACUGCACCAGAAGAUGAAACCCUUGAUGUUACACGGGCACGAGCGUGCCAUCACAAAAAUCAAAUAUAAUAGGGAAGGAGAUUUAUUAUUUUCGUCAAGUAAAGAUAAAAAGCCAAAUGUUUGGUAUUCUUUGAAUGGAGAACGUCUUGGAACAUUUAAUGGCCACAAUGGUUCUGUAUGGUGUAUCGAUGUCAAUUGGGACACAACUAGAUUUAUAUCUGGCAGUGGUGACAACACACUGAGAGUUUGGGACUGUCAAACUGGCAAAGAAAUCGGUCAACUCCAAACAAAUAGUUCAGUAAGGACAUGUAACUUUAGUUAUUCAGCAGACCUUGCUGUCUAUUCUACAGACAAAGCUCUCGGUCACCAAUGUGAGAUGUUCAUCAUAGAUAUCAGAAAUGUUGAUGGAGCAUUGUCACAAGAAGAUGCAAUUUCUAGAAUUUCUGUUAAUGGUCCCAGAAUCUCUGCCAUUUUAUGGGGUGCUUUAGAUGAAACAAUUAUUACUGGCCAUGAAGAUGGUGAAAUCAUUCUUUGGGAUGUGAGAACAAGAAAGAAGUUGAACAGUGUUUCAAGUCACAAGUCUCAAAUUAAUGAUAUGCAGUUCAAUAAGGAUGGCACCAUGUUUGUAACUGCAUCAAAAGACAACACCGCAAAAUUGUUUGACAGUGAAUCGCUAAUGUUAUUGAAGACAUAUAAAACAGAAAGACCUGUAAACUCUGCCACAAUUUCUCCUAUUUUCGAUCAUGUGGUUCUUGGUGGUGGUCAAGACGCAAUGGAUGUAACAACAACGUCCACUCGUCAAGGAAAGUUCGAUUCGCGAUUUUACCAUUUAGUAUUUGAAGAAGAAUUCGCGCGUUUGAAGGGUCACUUUGGACCAAUCAAUUCUCUUGCAUUUCAUCCAAAUGGUCGCAGCUUUUCUACAGGUGGAGAGGAUGGUUAUGUUCGUAUUAACACGUUUGAUCAAUCGUACUUUGAUUUUCAUUUUGAAUACUAAUUAUUAAGUAGAAAAAUAAAUAUUUAUCAAACAAAGAAUACUGAAUUGGAACUUACAUUGAUGAUCUAGUCGUUUGGUGUUUUAGAGGCUCCUUAACCAAUCCUUUUUUAAGUUUGUCUGCAACUUUUCCUGCAGUUUUGAGAGCAUUUUUUCCGCUACCUGUAAAUAAAAAAACAUAAAUAUAAAGUAACAACUUUUGUUGCUACUAAAGUAGCAACUUUUAAAAAACUUUUCAAAUACUUUACGCGAAGUCGAGUACACGAAAUUGGAGUCGGGUCGGGAUCCCGAAAGUUUAUAGAAUUCCAAUACCCGAAAAAGAAGUCGGGUCGAGUCAGGAUCCCGAAAAAUUGUAAUGUUCGUGUAUCCGAAUCUAAUAAAGGCAACUUCAGUAAUAUUA